UUGCUACUACUACUACUACCGUUACCUUUCACAAGAUGGCGGCGUGUCAAGUUCCAAUUCCAAACUUUACUAUGUGUGGUUAUGGUGAUUAUCAUAUCGGGUAGAGUGAAUGGGAGGGCGGUGAAGAGUAUUGUAACGAACAUUUUUGUGCGUGUAUUAGGCCACUUUCCCUUCCCAUUUUGUUACGCGAGUCUUCUCCGGCAACUGGAACAGAGCAGCACAACCCACCCUAUAUGCAGACGAUCACUUGUGCCGAAAAAAGUAGUAGUAAAUUGUGAGAGGUACCACAUAUGAUUACGUGAUUUGGUUUGGGCAAUGUUGUUUUUGCACUGAACGUAGAGUAGCACAGAUGGAAACGAAAUCUCGACUGUGUGCGAGCCUCGCUUCCUAGCGGAGACGUUCCUUGCCCGUUAUCAGAUUAAAGGACUACCGAAAGGGCUACAUCACGGCAAGGAUGUGGGUCAAGGUCCAAGAGCUUGUCCAAGAAAUUGUGCGUGCUUCAGAAAAGGCAGCUUGCAUCGCUCGGGCCUGUCGAGCUGAGAAAGAGCUCUUUGCGCUCUUAGUGGAGGAAAAGAAAGAGGGGGAGAAGAACCCUCGCUUUGUGCAGGAUUUCAAGACUUUGGCAGAUGUCCUUGUCCAAGAAACUAUCAAGCAUGACCUCGGAAAGCUCUUUCCUUGCCUGCGAGAACACAUUCAUGGUGAAGAGAGCAACAAAUUCACAAAUGCCAAUGGGGACAGCAUCAUUGUUGAAAUCCAAUCCACAUCUGAAGCAACUGCGCAAGUCCUCACACAAGUCCUCGAAGGAAACCAUAGGGCUGCGCAACUCUUGUCCAACACUGUGCACUUUGAAGUACAAGUGUCGGUAGAGGUCAGCACGGAAGCAAUGACGGAUUCCUCGUCUCUCGGAAUAUGGAUUGAUCCAAUCGAUUCUACAUCUGAGUACAUAGCUGGAAAUUGGGAAAUGGAAGAUGAGGGAGGGGUAGCGGCAUCCGGUCUGCAGUGUGUCUGCAUCCUCAUUGGUGUGUACUCUCUUGCGGAUGGUGUUCCAGUGAUGGGAGUCAUCAAUCAACCUUUUCGAUAUCAACGUGGCUCAGAGAAGUACAGUGGACAGUUCUACUGGUGCUUUUCGGGGGAGACGGUCUUGGUUUCCCAUCCUUGUGACGACAGCGGCCCAUCACGACAGCGGCCCAUCGUAUUAGCCAGCACGAGUGAAAGCCCACUGGUUCUGGAUGCUCUACGCUCUGACUGUGUCAUCAAGUUUGCUGCGGGUGCAGGCUACAAGCUGCUCUGUGUGGCUCUAGGCUUGGUGGAUGCUUACGUGCUAUCUAAGGCUACAACUUUCCGCUGGGACACUUGCGCUCCCCAUGCCUAUCUGAGGGCAAUCGGAGGUGAUAUCGUCAAGCUCUGGCAUGCUGUUGAGAUGCAUAAAAGGGGUACCACUCGCGACAUGGACAUUCAUUAUCAUGUUGCGGAAGGCGGUGGGCAGUGGUGCAAUAGUUUGGGCUUGAUUGCAUACCGUCAUCUGCAUGUGCUUGAAACUAUCGUUGAUAUUCUCAGUAAGACGAGUACUUGAGACAACCUACCUACAUAAUGUGAUCUGUGCUCUGAUUGUGCUCUUUAGUGUCAGUGUCAUAGUUCAGUAGGGUUUUUAAGGAAAAAUAAAUGAGAGGAGGGAAAGUGUUA